CGGUAGCGGAAGCCUUUGGAACUAGGGACACGUCGGAAAUAUGCAACCGGUGCAUCGCCAUUAAAUAUGACCUUUACCGUUAGAUGGCGUUCGCAAAUUGCAAGCUGAAUUAUUUAACUUCAUAAAAUAAGAAAAUCUACGCAAUUAAGAAACAUAGUCAUUUGUUAUUACGUUUUAUUAAGCACAUGAUUUCAAAUUGAAAGAAAAUUAUACACGUAAUCAUGUCUCAAGACCGUUCAAUUUUCAUGUUCAAGAAGUAGUAACCCUACCACUUUUAUGAUGUAGUCUAUGUACUUAAUAGCUAGAAAGAUAAACAAACAGUAUAGGAAUAUAUAAUAAAAAGAAAUCGUAUAUUUCUGAGUAGCACAGCCCUUCACUCCUCCAAAUAUCCUGAAUGAAGAAUUGCUUCAAAGGACGGGACAUGAUUUAGACGAAUUGUCCAGAAAAUAGUCCUGUUUCGUCAACAAUAAAUUCUGUAUGAAAUUAAUUGAACUCAGAUCUUUUUAAUAUUUAGGAAGAUAUAUUUUAUAUAGAGUUGAAUUUAUUAGGGAUGAUCGCAACGUUCAAAACUCAAAUCGCUAGUGACCACUUACGACCAGGAAUAUCGAAAAGGCUAUCAUGAAUACUGAAGGGACAUUCAUCAUGCAGGAAGACAACGUUGAUGAUGAAGUUUUCGUUAUGAACGAAACAGCUGACGCGCUAGCUGUAAUCGAAGCAGAUCAAGACCGUUACCUAGUUGCGGGAAAUGAUAGCCUAGCUCAACACGGAGGUGGCUUGGAAAUCAAACCGGGCGACUCCGAUGAACUCAAUGAAGAAGAUACUAGAGAUCUGAACCCUUAUGUGAAUGUUGCCCCACGUAAUGAGGUUGUGAAUUUUGAUAUUGAAGACGAUGAUAACAUGCCCGCAUUGAUCCGCAUUAACGAUGAUAGGGGUGAACUACGGAUUUUCCUUCGUGUGGAUCAACGCCUCAAUGCUAUGGCGAGACAAAAUCCUCCUAUUAUCAUUGACCGUGCUGAUGAUGAUGCAGAUGAUGAGUCCGACAAUGAGGAGGAAAAUGGGGUGGCUGAAGUAGCCGAAGUACCCGAAGUAGCUGAGGUACCUGAAGUAGAUGAUGUAGAUGAAGUAGCUGAAGUUGAUGAAGUAGCUCAGAUGGCUGAGGUAGCUGAGAUGGCUGAGGUAGCUGAAAACCAACAGCAAAUUGAAGGAGGGGACCAUCCAAAUAACGGAGACCCUGUGGAAGACGAAGAGGCUCUUAUCUUGAGGGGUGCCCAGUAACUUCGUUACAGCUGCGCUCUAUCUUGCAACUCCGAUCGGUCACCUUUAAUGAAAACGAGCAACCAGCUUCUUCAACAACUGAAGAUCACGAAGUUUUUUAAACAUCUAUAAACACACAAUUAUGAUAGGGUGUCAUAUCGACCCUACCUAGCCGCCAUUUUAAUAAAACCAUCAUAUUAAAUUAAUUAAGCUUGGUGUAUUUAUUUUGCAAAUUCUAACAACGGCGGCUUGUAUUUCAUUCAUACUAAUAUAAUCAUUAUUCAAUACGUAUAUCAAUGUAAUAAUUAUCUGGUUAAUAAACUGAUGCAUAAAA